AUGAAUAGCAAGCAAAGGGUCUAUGCGUUCUUUUGGAUAUUUGGUUUAGUGAACAAUGUCUUGUAUGUUGUUAUUCUUUCCGCUGCGGUAGACAUUGUGGGUCCGAAGGUGCCCAAGACUCUGGUAUUAUUAAUGGACAUAACACCAUCGCUAUUGAUAAAAGUCACCGCACCAUUCUUUAUAAAGUCCAUCCCUUAUACUAUGAGAAUAUACGCGUUGAUCGCCUUAAGUUGUAUUGGAAUGAUAUUUGUUUCUGGAAAAUCUCUACUGCUGUGCAUGAUAGGGAUUGCUAUGGCUUCUGUAUCUUCAGGUUUUGGUGAGGUUUCCUUUUUACAAUUAUCCCAUUUUUUUGAGGAAAAUGCACUAAAUGGAUGGUCAUCGGGUACCGGUGGUGCAGGAAUAGUUGGAAGUAGCGUUUAUAUGCUGUUAACAUCGAUAUUCAAACUUCCCAUCAGAUUGUCCUUAUUAAGCUUCACAAUAUUACCAUUUGCAUUUCUCUUGUAUUUUAAGUUAGAUACCACUCAAAUUGAGUAUGAUAGCAUCUCAAGUUCAGGUGAAGAAACUUUGAUUCGAAACAGCAAUUCAAAUGCACUACAAACAGAUACAUUUAAUGAAAGUAUCAGGCUAUCCAAGACCGAAGAGCAGAAUAUUUUUGUAAGUUCAAUUGACCACUUUAAGAGUACUUGUGUUAACUUGAAGGCUCUUGUGGUCCCUUAUAUGUUACCAUUGAGUUCAGUGUAUCUGUUUGAAUAUCUUAUCAACCAGGCCGUAAGUCCUACUCUGUUGUUUCCUCUUGAUAGUCGUGGCUUACCUCCAUUCUUCAACAAAUAUAGAGACAUGUAUGUCACUUAUGGAACACUUUAUCAGUUAGGUGUUUUCAUUUCAAGAUCAUUAGCACACAAAUUCCGAAUGCACAAUUUGUACUUUCUCAGUGCACUUCAAGGACUCAAUUUAGUCCUAACUAUUUUACAGGCUUGGAUAUAUAUUGUGCACACACCGUGGCCAAUAAUGAUACUAAUAUUCUAUGAAGGCCUCCUUGGAGGGAGCUCUUAUGUGAAUACCUUCUUGAAUGUGCUGGAGGAGGUCGAUAUGGACAAAAGAGAGUUCUCACUGGGUGCGGUGUCCAUUGCAGAUUCAUUAGGCGUCUUUAUUGCAGCUUUGGUAGGAUUAGGUUUAGAGCCUACUAUUUGUAACCAUCAAGUUAGCACUGGUAGACCAUGGUGCAGGAUGGAAUAA